ACCAGCGCUGCCGCCGUCGCUAGCUGCUCUGUGCUCUCUUCUGCGCUGCCGUGCUGCCGUCCGCCCAUCCCAGUCCCUUGCGCCGGCGGCUGGGAGCGAGCGGCCAAGCACCUCCGCCUGGAUCUGGAUCUACAGCCGGCGCAUCUCAUCAACGGGGAACGUGCUGUUCGGGGACGGCCGGGACGAGGAAGGACAGCUCCGCGAGAUCUUCGACGUGCUGGGCUACCCGGACGAGAGGACGUGGCCGUGGUUCUCGUCCACGCCGUUCGCCAUCGAGUGGCUGCCGUUAGACUACAGGUAACUUGGGUUCAUUUCGUUUGUUCGUUUCUUUUGCUGCUACUGCUAGUCUGCUAGCCUGCGAUUGAGUUUUUUUCCCAUGACUUGCAUCUCGUUGUAGACCCUGUGCGAGAGGUAGAUAAAUGGAUUUGAGUUGUUCAUGUCUUGCAUUUCGUUGUAGAUAAUACGUUACAAAGCAUGGCUAGUUCAAGUGCAAGUGGAAGUUCAACUUCUCCUUCUCCAUCACCUAAUCCCAGUGCCCGUGCUGGUAGUGCACAAGUUGAUCCCAAUCCUUCUGAUGAGAGAUUGCGUAAAACUCCUCUGUGGAGGCAUGUUAAAUUACUUGAAAAGAAUGCUUCUUCUGGAGGAAAUGCAAAAUCUCAGUGCUUGUAUUGUGAUCACAUUAUUCCUGGGAGUUACUUUAGAGUAAGAGCACAUCUCAUGAGGGAACCUGGUAAAGGCACAUCAAUUUGUGGUGCUGCCACACCAGAGAUGGUGGACCAGUUCCGCAAGGAAGAAGAAGCAGCACGAGUUAGUGCUGAUGGAAGCUCAAGGAGGAGUGUUCCCAUGCCAGUGCAGCUCUCUGCCUGAGCAUCAUCCUCUGGAUUGUUGCCGCCAACAGGAUCUAAGGCAUCAUCAAAGAAGAAAAAACAAUCUGGUAUUUUGGAGAGUUUCCACAUUGAACUCCGACAAAUGGCUGAUGCAAUUAUUGCAAGAAUGUUCUACACAUGAGGCGUUCCUUUCAACUUGGCAAGAAACCCAAACUAUCGGGCUGCAUUCAACUUUGUGGCAACACAUGAAAUGGGUGGGUAUACCCCUCCUGGAAUCAACAAGUUGAGAACAACUCUCCUGCAGCAAGAGAAGACUAAUGUGGAGAAGCUGCUUGAACCCAUCAAGAGCACCUGGUCCACAAAAGGGGUGACAAUUGCAGCUGAUGGUUGGACUGAUUCUCAGAGAAGGCCCCUUUUGAACUUCAUUGCUGUGACAGAGAGCGGUCCAAUGUUCUUGAAAUGUGAAAACACUGAAGGAAAGGCAAAGACCAAGGAGUACAUUUCUGCCCUCUUGAUUGAGGUUAUUGAAAAGGUUGGAUCAAAGAAUGUAGUUCAGGUGGUCACUGACAAUGCAGCAAAUUGCAAAGCUGCUGGUUUGAUUAUUGAAGCAAAGUACAGCAACAUCUUUUGGACUCCCUGUGUUGUCCACACUUUGAAUUUGGCAUUGAAAAAUAUUUGUGCUGCAAAGAAUGAUGAAGAUGAAAAUCCAGAACUUAAAUGGAUAAGUGAUAUUGCCGGGGAUGCUCUCCAAAUCAAGAAUUUUAUCAUGAAUCAUGGCAUGAGGGUGUCAAUGUUCAAUUCAUUUAGUAACCUCAAGUUCCUAGCUAUUGCAGACACAAGAUUUGCAUCUGUCAUUGUUAUGUUGAAGAGGUUUCUUCUUCUCAAGGACUCGCUUAUACAGAUGGUAAUCAGUGAUAAGUGGAGAACAUAUAGAGAAGAUGAUCAGGAAAAGACCAAUUUUGUGAGACAGAAGGUGCUUGAUGACUAUUGGUGGGAUCAAGUGAAAUACAUCAUUGAUUUCACUGAUCCCAUUUACUCAAUGCUAAGGGCAGCAGAUACUGAGAAGCCUUGUCUGCACUUAAUUUAUGAAAUGUGGGACAGCAUGAUAGAGAAAGUAAAAACUGUUAUUUACCGGAAAGAAGGGAAGGGGCCGCUGGAUGAAUCUGAGUUCUUCAAUGUUGUCAAUGACAUUUUACAAGAUCAUUGGCUCAAAAGCAACACCCACUCCAUUGUUUGGCACACUCUCUUAACCCUAGGUACUAUAGUGAACAAUGGCUUUCAGAAGACCCAAACCGUGUAGCCCCACAUAUGGAUCCAGAAAUUUCAGAAGAAAGGAACAAUUGCCUUAGGAAGCUUUUUCCAGUUACAGAAGAGCUUAGGAGAGUUAAACAACAGUUCAUUGAUUACUCACUGAAAAGAGGCAUCUUUAGUUUACCUGAUUCAAUUGAUGACAAAGCUCAUUUUGAUCCACUGCAAUGGUGGGGCAUCUAUGGGUCUAGGACCCCAGAGUUGAAAGAAUUAGCUUUUAAGCUGCUUGGGCAGCCAGCUUCUUCUUCUUGCCGCGAGAGAAACUAGAGCACAUACAAUUUUAUCCAUAACUUGAGAAGAAACAAGCUCACACCUGAACGUGCUGAGGAUUUAGUGUUUGUGCAUAACAACUUACGUCUUCUUUCAAGGUGCAGUGAUGAGUAUCUCACAGGGCCAACACAAAUGUGGGAUGUUGGGGGAGAUGGCUUUGAGACAUUUGAUGGUGUCGGUAUUCUUCAAGCUGCUAAUCUCACUUUGGAUGAGCCGGAGUUUGAGGUUAUGAUUGCAGAAGAUGAUUGAACUUUAGCAUGAAGAGAUAGCCUGCAUAAUCCUUUGAUUUGGCCUUGUGCCUUGUAUCUCUAUGUUAUGUAGUACACUAUGUGGUUGUGUUUGGCUGUUUGCCUCUCCAUCUUGAACUACUUGCUAUGACCUUGCCUAUUAUUUAUCUUGCGUCAUCAGGACUACUUGCUAUA